AUGCUUGAUGAAACGAAUGAAUUAGUGAAGACGUUUAGGCGUAUUCGACAAAAUCUGCAGUUAUCCUCAACACCAAACUUUCGACUUCGAAUAUUUGGAAUCAAAAGCAGAAAUAGACAGUACGACUUACCGACAAGCAGUGACAUUGCAGCAUUGAUACCAGGUGAUUUUGUGCCAGAUAGGGAGGACCAAGACAUUAUUGUGGACCAUCAAGGUGAAGGAUUGAAACGUAUUACAAGUCUUAAUCCAAAAUUUGAGGCGCUGCACUUUCCUUUACUUUUCCCAUAUGGGGAGGAUGGUUUUCAUCCUCAAAUUCCAUAUAACAGUGUUUUUUGUCCACCAUCAAUGAGAAGAAAGUUCAUCACACAAAGAGAAUACUACGCUUACAGACUUCAAUAUCGAAGAAAUGAGGGACAUACACUGAUCCAAAGUGGGAAGGCGCUGCAACACUAUUGCGUUGAUGCAUUUUCAACAAUCGAGCUCAAUCGGUUGGCAUUCUUAAGGACACAUCAAAAAGACUUGAGGGCUGAAGUGUAUCAAGGAAUGGAAGAUGCAUUUGCAAAAGGAGAUUUAGACGGUCAAAAAAUUGGCUGA